UCUCCCUUCCUGGGUGGGGUGCAUUUCCUCCUCUGCGCCUCCUCGGUUCUUUGUAUCAUAGAGACUCGCUAGGUUUUUCUUGUUCCACCCCAAACCAUAAGCCCCACCACCAUUAAAUAAAUUAGAGGAAGGAAGGGGAUCCAGGCCUUGUUUAUCUGCUUUUUCUGUGUGCCGGGAAAGGGGGUUGGUAAUAAUAGGGUUUAUUUCUGGUCCUGUGGGACCUGAGGGAUGGAGAGUGGACACCCCCCUUUUGGACCGCUCAGUGGUCACUGUCCUUGGGCUAGGGAACCGUAAUUCACCAUUUUGGCUUGAGCUCUUUAGUGUUCUAAGGAAAAAUUGAGCAGAAAAAAGUACCCAUACAGCACUACCAGUGAGUGGAUUCUCGUUGAUCCUGGUGACGUGCCCGGGUGGAAGAGCCCCACUUCUAAGCUCCUGCCCACCUGUCCAGAGGAUGGACUGUGCCCUUGAACAGGAGGGGGGGAAAGGGGGCACCUGGCAGGCCCUCCCCCACCCCCACCCAGAAAAACCAGAACCUCACUUUGCAAGCUUAAACGUAGGGCCAGCUCAGAAGGUCUUGGUUGCCUGCACAGCAUCCGACCUUUCUCUUUCUCCUUUUAUCCAUCCUACCCAGGAAAUGGGUCCCUCAUCUUUGAUUUUUCCAGAGAAAAACACCCCUACUGCUUUCUUCGGCGCCUGCCUCCAUCCCCCUUUUAAGCAGAGGGAACGAAGCUUGUGUGGGAGGAAGGAUUAGGGAGGUUUAACACCCUGUAGGGAAGCUUUGCGGAGGAUCUGGUAAAUCUGGUCAUAGAGCAGGCCUUGCAGUGGGAGGAGGAGACUCAAACAAUUUUAAGCAUUAAAAUAUGUUCAGGUGUCAGAUGUUCCCUGGCCAGGAACCUUUUACCAUUUCCCUCGCCGGGUCUGGUUACACGGACUUGGAUUAGAAGAGGGGUGAGGUUUGGGCCCUGCCGGCGCCUCCCUGCAGCUUAACUGGGAAUUUCUUUGGCCAGGAGGACGGGAGAACAGGGUUUUCUGUUUUCUUUUCUGCCUUUACUUUCCUGGCUGUGGGGUGCUGGAGACUAGCCCACCGGGCAUUAAGUGAAAGGCUUUUUUUCUCUGAAUUCACCGUCUGUCCAGCAACCGCAGGUAGAGACCACCCAGCUUCACCCAGAAACAAACUCAUUUGAAGCAGAUACUUAAUAACAGUCCUGGGAGGAGGUGAGAAAGAGGGAAAGUUCAGCCUCUCUUGAAGCUGAUAACACAGAUACAGUGGGGUGAUACAAUACCGGGAGUGGGUCUUCUGGGUAGAAUUUAUAUAAAAUGUAUUAGGCGGGGUCGGCGGAGGAGGAGUGGUGCCCGUCUGCCACAGCGCGCAUGUGCAUUGGAAACUUUUCCUCUUGCCCGACCCUCGCCCGCUCCCCUUACUGGGCAUGCGCAGUUGGCCGUCUGUGCCUCGGCAAAGUGCGCGGGGAAGUGUAGUAUGCAAAGAAAGUAGGUCACUGGCUCCGACCUGGGCGCGAGGUUUCUGAGGACUACGGUUCCCAGAGUGCAGAGCGCGCUGCAUCGCCGCCUCCUCUCCGUUGGGGCUCAGGCUAGCCUUCCUGGAGAGCCCUAGAAAGGGCCUUCUUAGUCGGAAGGAGCAUUGUAGUCAGACUUGGACUUGCACAGUCCAUGUGCAACCGGACGUGGUGAGACGCUGGGCGGGGUGGUGUAGGCACUGGACACAGUCCUGGAUGCCUUUCAACCACACCCGCACGUCUGGGUCUCUUUCUCCGGGACCGGCGGGUGGGGCCGGCCCAUCCGGCCGGAGCCAGGCUCUCACUCCCCAGCACCCGGUUUGUGACACCUACUGACUUAGUAAAGGAGGUCCCUCCUCCCCUUCUUUUCUUUCCACAGUCAUUUGAAUACGGUAGUGUUUGUAAGAAGAUUUGGAUGUUAAGGCUUGAAGUGCCUGAAUACUUAAGGUGCUCGGGGUUUGGGGCCCCUGUAGGUUCCUUCACCAUUAUCCCUCCUUUUUCCCUUUAAAAUAUAAAGGUCUGUUCUUCUUAAAGACCUUCCUUAGCAUUUUUGUCAGAAUUCCUCUGUGGAAUCUCCAUUACCAUAUCAUUGCUGCUGCUGCUGUUGCCUACCCCAUUUUUGUUACUCUCUUAAACACUUAAUUCUUUAAAACACAAGUCAGCACCAGGGCUCUGAAUCCAGGAUUAACUUUGUUGCUGAAAGUAAACAAGUGAAGGGGAGGAUAAUAAUCUAAAUAAAAUUGAAUAGUAAUUACUCUCACAUUUGCAACCUUUUUUAUAUAUUGACAAAAGGUAGUUUUAAGCUUUUUAUUUACUUUUUUUCCUUUUGCCACCUUUUUGGCUUUCUGUACCUGAAUCAGGGUCGGAAAGAUCUUAAAGUUCUCUCCUGCUGCUUGCUUAACUCGAAUCUCUUAGUUUCUUUUAUUGAAGAGUAGCUAUUGCCUUUUUUUUUAAUUGAAGAGUAGUUAUUCUAAUCUUACCACAUUGUGUUAAUAUUUUCUAAAUAAACGCUAGAAUUUGUCUGUAGCCUUAAAAAAAAAAAAUAAACAAACUCAUCUGACUGGUCACUCCUAUCUUUAGUCAAAGACAAGACAACACCAGUGCUUUAAUCCUCUGUUCCACAAGCUUCUUGAAGUCAAAAUUAGAGUCUGAGCUGAUAGAGCAGAAAAUCUCAUUCUGGUUGUCUGGCAUUUUUGUAAGAUUCCACACCACAGCCAUCUGGCCUGGCCUGUUCUCCAAUUAAAGAGGCAAAGGUGGCAUUAUAUACUUCCUUAUUUGUGCAGCAGCACCACUGAGGUACAAGUUGGUGUGCAGCUUUAGUUGCUUAUGCUGCAGAAAAUGGUUAGCUAGGCAGGGCUGAUGACAGUGGUUCUUUUGUAUUUUGGGGUGGGAGGCUUAUUUCCCAAUGACUCUGGCCUGCAUUUAAAAUGCUCGCGUUUUGAGGCUGAACUGUUCAGGGGAGGUUGACUUGGAAGACAAUUAUGCAGGAGAGUUUGGGGAGGCCUGGAAAGGUGUAGGCGCUCUUUGGUCUGGCUGGCAUAUCAAGGAGCUAUGUGGUGCCUUGGGAGAAGUCCUGUGUUGUGUUCAAGUGUUUUACUUUGCAAAACACUUUGAAAACACCGUAUUUACUUCCAGGCCCGUUCUUGGCAACCAGUGCCAAUUUUUCUUCACCACUUUUUAGUCUCCUCUAAAGGUGUGUCAGACACCUCUAGUGAGCAGCUGUGACCCUUCAGACCUGUUUUUGACUGGAGACCUGUAUGUAGUCUUGGUGGCGCACUUUGCAUCUGGGGCUGAACCCCAUCCUCAUAAACAGAAAGCCCCUUAUCUUUACCAUUCUUAUUUUUCUUUUAACCUAAAAGGAUCCUGGAAUUGAUCUGUGGUGACUAUGAAUAGACAUUUAAAGAAACUUGGAGAUGAAGUCUAUAUUGGGAACUGGGAUUGAAGGGAGAUGAGGGUCUCCUGAAUCCUGGGCAUCCCUGUGGAGGGCUUGUUUGUGGCACCUCUUUUGGCUCCUCACAAGACCAUCUGUCUGCUCAGACCUGAAAUAAGAGCAGGACGAGACCUAGCCAGUGUCAUAUGAUGCUCCAGCUUGACCCAGUGCAUCUUCUUUGAUAUUCUAGAGAGCUUUGCCUAAGGAUUCGGUCUUAAAAAUGCCCCUAGGGCCAGGGCUCUGGCCUGAAAAUUAUAAGGAAAUGAGUGGGGCAGGUAUUCAGAAAAUUCAAGAUCCUGAAGCCUAGAAUUAGCACCUGGACACUUUAUGCUGGACCCAAAAGUGAUUUUAAUCAAAACCCAGCCUUGGGUCUAUCAAAGGACAGAAAAGGCCCUUGAUGGAUUAUAGAUCAGUCCUGUCUCUGCACUGAGCUCAGCAACACAGUCUCAUCCAGAGGUCUGGCUCAGGAUCUGUUUUGAUCCUGUCACCCCCCAGAGGUGGCCCUUUUCAGCUCAGUUCUCCCACAGCAUGAGCUUGGAACUGCCCUUUUGAUGAAAGUGAUGAGAUUAGGAUCACUGAUCCUCAGGACCUCACCGAUCAUCUUUCUGAGACGUGAGUCUGGCCCAGACCUUGGGAAUAAACCUUUUUGACCUCUGUGGGAUCUGGCUGUGAAAGAAUCCAAAAAUAACAAUCUGGGUGUUUAUCUUGGGCUGCCUUCUCUCCAGGGAUCUCCAAACAUUUAAUAAAUCUGGUCCAGUGCCAGGGACAGGUGGUCAGACAGUCCCUGCGAGACUGAGUGAUGAUGGGUCCCCAGCUGGAGGUUGCAGGGUGAUAGAAAAUUUCUUCUCUCUGCCCCCCCCCUCCAUCACCUAUGUGCUAGCCACAGCCUAUCUAAGAGAUUCCCUAUCCUUUCCUCUGCUUCCCUGGGGCAGCCCCAGAUCAGCAGUUCCCUUGGUGGGCUAUGGUUCCGGUUGUGACAAGUCUUGACUUCUUGAUCAGGCUCAUCUCCUUUCCUGGACACUGUCUGGAUGGAAGUGCACGCCUUGGUUACACUGUGGAGUUAAGUCAGUUCUUCCAGCCCAAAGUGAGCCAGAGAGCAUACAUACCCAGGGAGCCCAGGAUGACAAAUUGGACGUGAGGAAUCCGAGUCCCCAGGGAAAACCUGGUGGUACUACUUGCUGAUCAGUGACCUGUAUCCCUUUCAUUUAAAGAGGAAAACUAAAAAAUAUCUUGGCCUGUGACAGUUUGGGAGCAACACUACACCAAAAUACUCACCAGAGAUAAGUUAGCAAGAUUCUUCUCUGGCUGAAUUCGGGGCUUGAUUUUUUUUUGGUGUCUGUCAUAUAGUGACCUGAAUUUUCAAAAUAGUGGAAACCAUAGCACUUCUGUUUCUUUAGAAUUACUUUAAAAAUAAUAGCUAAUUUUAUCAGAUGCCUACUAAAUACUAGACACAGCAUGAAGCAGUUUACAUCCUUGAACCAACUUAAUCUUCACGGUAGCCUCACAUUACUGAGGAAACUAAGGCUCAGAAAAAAACGGCUUGCCCACAAGUCACACAGUUUAGCUAGUCACUAGUGGAGCAGAAAUGGGACCCUGGGUCUAUGUGAUCCGAAGUUGGUGCUUCUCUCUCUGUCCUUUGCCAUCCAUCCUUCUGGCUUUCUGCAUAUGUACUCAUGAUGCCCUCCUUUCUCAUUUCCCAGAGCCAUCAGGAGCCCAAGGCUGCCCAGAUUGCAGCUCCUACCACUGCCCUUGGCUUGUGAACGUGUCCUGCGCUCAUUGUCUGCUUAGGGAAGGACCAUGCAGCUGGAGAUCAAAGUCGCCCUGAACUUCAUCAUCUCCUACUUGUACAACAAGCUACCCCGGCGCAGGGCAGACCUGUUUGGGGAGGAGCUAGAGCGGCUCUUGAAAAAGAAAUAUGAAGGCCACUGGUAUCCUGACAAGCCCCUGAAGGGCUCUGGCUUCCGCUGUGUCCACAUCGGGGAGAUGGCAGACCCCGUGGUAGAGCUGGCUGCCAAGCGGAGUGGCCUAGCAGUGGAGGAUGUGCGGGCCAAUGUGCCUGAGGAGCUCAGUGUCUGGAUUGACCCUUUUGAGGUGUCCUACCAGAUCGGGGAGAAGGGAGCAGUGAAAGUCCUGUAUCUGGAUGACAGCGAGGGCUGUGUUGCCCCAGAGCUGGACAAGGAGAUCAAGAGCAGCUUCAACCCUGAUGCCCAGGUCUUUGUGCCUAUCGGCAGCCAAGACAGCUCCCUGUCCAACUCUCCGUCGCCAUCCUUUGGCCAGCCGCCCAGCCCCACCUUCAUCCCCCGUUCUGCCCAGCCCAUCACCUUUACCACUGCCUCCUUCGCUGCCACCAAGUUCGGCUCCACCAAGAUGAAGAAGGGUGGUGGGGCAUCAAGUGGUGGGGGUGUGGCCAGCAGUGGGGCAGGUGGCCAGCAGCCCACGCAGCAGCCGCCUCGCGUGUCCCGCUCUCCCACCAAUAGCCUGCUGAAGCACAAGAGCCUCUCCUUGUCUGUGCACUCACUGAACUUCAUCACAGCGAACCCAGCCCCUCAGUCCCAGCUCUCGCCCAAUGCCAAGGAGUUCGUGUACAACGGCGGUGGCCCUCCCAGCCUCUUCUUUGAUGGGGCUGAUGGCCAAGGCAGUGGCACCCCUGCGCCCUUUGGGGCCAGUGGGGCGAGCACUUGCAACAGCAGCAGCUUCGACAUGGCCCAGGUAUUUGGAGGCGGAACCAACAGCCUCUUCCUGGAGAAGACCCCCUUCGUGGAGGGCCUCAGCUACAACCUAAGCACCAUGCAGUAUCCCAGUCAGCCGUUCCAGCCUGUUGUGCUGGCCAACUGACCAUCUACCUGCCCACGGGCCUCGAGCAUCCAGGACAACAGAAAAGAGAAAGGAAAGGAAAGGCCAAAAAAAAGAGGACAAGAAAAAUAUACAGAAAGAUUUCUAGUCUUCUCACUCUCACGUCUAGAAAAAAGAUCCUGCCCAGGCAUGGAGUGGGAGGGGCUCCCGAAGCACCAUGUUUAACUUUACCCUCCCAGGUUUCCUGCCUGACUCUUGAUUCAUUUGGUUGAUUUGGGUUUUAUAUUUCUUUUUUCUUUUUUUUUGUAAACAUAGUUUUCUAUAUAACAUCUUUAAUUAGUGGCUUCUUGUGCUAAGAAUGGUCCAGAUGUGAAUCGCUGCUCCCUGCUCCCUCCCUCCUGCACACACCUGGUUCAGGAUUGGUGUGUCCAAGCUCACAGGGAAGGAAUAGCCGCAGCUGGGGCUUGACCCUCCGCAGAAUAGGGAGAGGCUGCCCUGUGUCACUGCCCCAUCACCCAACCAUCCUCUCACUCAAAGCCAUCCAACCUCAGCAGGCCUUCUCGGGCCCUGCCACCUAAAUAGGGUUACAUCUGACCCCAGCCCCUACUGUCUCUCAGGCCUGGGCCAUGAGAACUGCCAUCUGGCCACUCAACACCCUCCCCUUAGAGCUGAUGUCUGUGACUCCAGGGAGGUAAGCACUCUGUCUAGUGGAAUUCCUUCAGCUCUGUCUGCGGCCCUAUGCCACCACCCCCGCCUCUCCUAAACUUACCACUGAGGCCCUGGAGACCCAGCCAUUGAUGCACGUGGGCUCUCAUGUAGCCCCUUCUUCCCUAGGCCGGAGGCAGUGCAGGCAUGGGUGUGCAUGCCCACAGGUGCAUGGUUUGCGGUCUUGUUUUAAAGGAUGCUGAGCCAUGUCAGACUCUCCCUGUGUAUGUGAUUCCGGGUUGCAGCAAGUGCUUAUUUAUGUAUGAGGUCGGGGAAAUAGCUAGGGUAGCCCUUCGGUAGGUGAUUCAUGUGGUAGGUGAGACUGGCUGAGGCUGACACACUCCCAGGGAAAGCCGUGCAGAAGGAGCUGCAGAGUUCCAGACUGUGGAGGAAUCUGCACUUUCGUUUGUGACCAAAAAAAUUGAAAAGGGUUAGCUAGGAGAGGCUGAGGGAAUACCUACCCUCUGAUGCCUAAGAGGAAUCCUUGGACUCAGACCCUCCUGUUGUGUGACCUUAGCGCAAGAAGGGAGCUGCCCACCUGAGCAGCCUGGGGGUGGGAGUUUGGGUCAGUGCCUGUAGUGGGCAGUCCUGAGGCUUGAAUUGACUCUGCUGUCCUUUGUUGUAGAUGUUUUAGUACGUUUCUUCCCCUGCCUGCUUGAGAACUUCUUGGUACCUCUUCCCAUCCCCUCUCACUGUGCAACCCAACCCCCUACUGGGCCUUGGUGCUGUGAGGAGUGGUCUCCCGGGCAGGCCAGGCUGGGCAGGCGUGCGUCCGUCACAAGUGGUGUAUUCAGAUUCUAGAGAGCACUGGCUCCCCUUUUCCAGAAGAGGCUGUUGCUCCAACCCAACCCUGAUAGGCCAGCUUCCAUGCCAGGAUGCUGUGGCAAGUGGGCACAUGGCACCAGGCCCCCAUCACCAGUACGUACCAAAGCCCUUGGCUCCCCACCCCACCCCAGCCUCCCAGUGACCCCAAGUGGGCAACUGCUGCAGCAGUGGGUCCAGCCCAGACAGACACUGCUAGAUUCCUCUCCCUGCAGUGGGCACCAGCCGUACCUCCCCAAGCGGGGCAAAGCCCCGGUUCCUCCACCCAGCUCCAGCUGUUCCCCUAGACUUCUCAGGGGCCGACCCUGGCUGGGCCAACCUCCCCCUGGCCCUGAGCUCCCGCCAGGUGACAGGCCUGAGAUUGCUGCUCUCUGAGAAAGGUUGGAUGCUGCCUGUGCCCCUUCCAGCCCCUUCCCCCAACACUCAGAACACACAAGCACCUAUCAUACCCCGGUCAGCUUGAUUCUCACCAUAUACAGGGAGGGGGGAGACCAACCCUGUAGUGUCUUUUGAAAUAUGAAGAAAAAUGUGUUCAGGAACAUGACUCCAGAGCUGGGCUCUUGGGCCCAGUUCAGUCUGUCUUGUCUCAAAUCUAGGCAUUUUUGCUUCAAUUUUAUUUUUUUUAAGAAAACAAAAACAAAAAUCUGCACUAAUUUACCUGGUUUCGUAGGAAAACUUUUUUUUUAUUUUUUACAUUUUUUGGUGUCCGUUUGUAUUGAAUAAUUUGCUACAUUUGUAAAAUGUAAGAGGUAUAUAUAAUAUAUGUAUAUUUCUAACGUAAAAAAAAUGUAAUUUUUUUCUUUCAAGAUUUUUUCUUAAAAAGAGGAGAGAAAGAUAUUUUUUCAGGAAAAACAAACUUUGAAAUAAAAAAAAGAGGAGAAUAAAACCUAUUUCUCCCCUUUCCCUAUCCUCUCUCUGUCUACCCCUUUUUCCCAGGAACAAAUCAAAAGGUGGAUUGUCUUGUUAAGAAUGUGAACUUUUAGUUCAGAAUGAUGUAUUUUUUCUCAAUGCGGUGAGCUAUAGAUUCUCUACUUUGACCCCUAGGGAUGGAAAGGGGGGCACUGAGGUAAGGUGGACAGGAGCUUGGGGGAGCAGGGUAAUGAACUUGUUUUCUUUAGUGAAGGAGGAAUACAAUCAAGCAUUUUGUAUUCAGAACGUUGUGCAAUAUUUUGGAAUGGGACAUUGGUGUGUUUAGAGAUUUAGUUUAAAAACAAAACAAAAAGGUUGAUCAAAUCUGUACAGUUUAUAUGGUUCCAGAUUUUUUUAAGUUUGUAUUAAAAGCAUGACAUAUAAUAGC